CUUGUGGUGGUGCGAACCACACACCAGAGCCAGCGAGCUUGGUUGCAAUGCGCGGGUGCUUGUUCUCAAUUCUCUGCUGGGAAGCCCAUCCUGAUUUUUAGUCUCUGCUGGUCCGCUAUUGGGAUUGGAUACGGUGUUUGCGAACAGGCCCGUUGAGAGUCCGGAGCACAUGUGCUUUCGCACCACUGCAUCGCCUUUCCCUGCUUUUGCUCCUCCCUUUUUGGCAAGCGCGCCGGAUUCCUGUGUGCUGGCAACACCACGGACCGCAUUGUGACUCCUGACUCCGACAGUUUGAGCUCGGCCGAUUCGAACCGCCUCUCCCACCUCCCUCUACCUGGUACCUAUAGCCCGAGUCUUCCACGCCACCAAACCCGUCCUACCGCCUAUCGGGACACAACAUGUCCUCGAAAGAAGCAAAAUUGCUGUAGUUGUCCGAACUUCGCGCAUCUGCGGCCUCUACCCUCCCCGCGUCCAGCAGACCCCGACUCAACCAGGCCACCGAUCGUGACUAGAGGGACCCAGGGGUUUACUUUCAGCCACAGAAGUCAGGCUGCGCUGGGUACUCCGCACAGCCCGCACUGAACACUCGCUGGCUGGCUGAUCUCCGUCUCGGCCAUAAUGGCGAACGUGCCUGUGAUCGCCAUCGACCCGAGUCCCACGGUGGAUCCGCCCCUGGAUCCCCAAGAGGAGGCGAGAAUUAUACGCGGCCAUCUGCGUUCGAGUUCGACCCCGAGCUCGCCCAUCCUCCCCCGCUCACCGCGCGUGCUAGGCGCCCUGAACGAAGAGGGUAGCGAUGCCGACGUGGAGGAGACGGCUGAUGAGGCCAACACCGAUGAUGGAGAGCCAAGAACCAAGAAAAAGCGUCGGAGGAUUAGGCGACCCAAGAUGCUGUCGCACACCAGCCCAAACACCCCCUCCAUGGCUGGGAACGGCGACCUAGAUUCUCCGAUCGGCUCUCGAAGACUGAGGUUGCUGCAGCGCCGGGCGACGAUGCCCGACGCCACCGAAUACCGCGGGGUGCUGUCUGAGGGCGAAGGACGCGACCACUUUGCUCGUCAAGUCGGUUGGCGGCGGGGCUCGUCUUGGAUCGGGAGGGCACAUGAAACUGAUGAGGCCGAAAGCCCCGGCGGUCCUAGCAGGAGGGUUGGUCACAUCCGGCGCAUCUCCAGGUUUGGCGGUGGAGGAGGUGUUUCAGACGGGGGCGACGCCACUCCCCGCCGCCCCUUCUUCGGUGCCGACCGUGCGUCCACCUUUGGCGUUCAAAAGUGGCGCCAGGUGAAGGGUGCUAUCAAGCUCCUCCGCCAGAAGAAGCCGGAGCAUUUCGACUACCUCAAGUCCGCCGAGCUCAUGGCCGAGCUCCGGGCCGGUGCCCCCGCCGUGCUCAUGCUCGCCAGCAUGAUACAGCGCGACGAGCACGGAAACAAGAGGAUUCCGGUCCUGCUGGAGCAGCUGCGUCUGAGGAUAACAGACAGCGCUCCGGUGGAAGGCGAUAGCGAGAGGCACUGGCUGUUCACCAUCGAUCUCGAGUAUGGCAGCGGUCCGAGUAGGAUGUGCUGGACCGUGAAGCGGACCAUCAGAGAGAUCCUGAACCUUCAUUGGAAGUACAAGCUUGCCAUCGACAACAAGAAAUACUCCCUGGCUGUCCCGGGCUCAAGGCCAAGACAGCCGAGAUUUCCCACCUCUGUCUUUCCCUACGUCAGGGGCUUGCGUGGAGUCGAGGACGAAGAGGAAGAUGAUCAAGCGAGUAUCCAGGGCGAUGCCGAAGACACAGGCGCCGAGGAAACGGCCGCUGAAGGCGUCGCGACUGAUAUUGAAGACCGUGGGAUCUUCGCAAGACGGAGAUCACGACAAGGCAGCGCCGUGCAGGGCCGCCAGCACAUGUCCGCUACUAACCUGGGCGAAGCCGCAAGUCCUGGAAUGGACCCCAACUAUGCCGCGAGUACCAUGGACGCCCUCCAGUCGCGGAAGCGAUAUGUCGACAAGCAGCGCAAGAUGCUGGAGAAGUACCUGCAAGAGAUGGUGCGGUGGCUCAUGUUCCGAGCGGACAGCAACCGGCUGUGUCGGUUCCUGGAGCUCUCGGCACUUGGGGUCAGGCUGGCGGCCGAGGGCAGCUACCAUGGCAAAGAGUGCUUCCUGCACAUCCAGUCAGCCAAGGGCCUCGACUUCAGGCGUGUGCUUACACCAGGAGCUGUGAUCGAGAGGCACAGUAGGAAGUGGUUCCUCGUCCGGCAGAGCUACAUCGUCUGCGUCGAGUCACCAGAGAACAUGAAUAUCUACGACGUGUACCUGGUGGACCCCAAGUUCCAGAUCAUCCCCAAGAAGAACAAGCUCAUGCAGAUAGCAUCGAAACGCAAGAACAAGGACAAAGACGCAGAGCAGGAGAUGGACCUCGCGGACCAGGCCCAGGAGAAACACCACCGCGUGACUCUGAUGACUUCAGAGCGCAAGGUAAAGCUGUGGGCGCGUAACCAGCACCUCAUCAAGCAGUUUGAGGAAUCCAUCACGGGGAUGCUGGCCCAGACUCCGUGGCAUCAAGAAAACAGGUUCGGCAGCUUUGCCCCUGUCAGGCAGGCCGCUUUCGCGCAGUGGCUCGUCGAUGGGCGGGACUACAUGUGGAAUGUCUCUCGCGCCAUCAACAUGGCUAAGGACGUGAUAUAUAUCCACGACUGGUGGCUGAGCCCAGAGAUAUACAUGCGACGGCCCGCCUGCAUCAGCCAGAAGUGGCGGCUCGACCGGCUGCUACAGCGCAAGGCCCAGGAGGGGGUGAAGAUCUUCAUCAUCAUCUACCGCAACGUCCAGCAAGCAAUCCCGAUCGACUCGGACUACACCAAGCAGUCGCUGCUUAACUUGCAUCCCAACAUCUUUGUGCAGCGGUCUCCGCAUCAGUUCAAGAAGAACCAGUUCUUCUUUGCGCACCACGAGAAGAUCUGCAUCGUUGACCAUAUCGUCGCAUUUGUGGGCGGGAUAGACCUCUGCUUUGGCCGCUGGGACAGUCCGCAGCAUCCCGUCGCCGACGACAAGCUGACCGGAUUCGAGCCUGGCGACUACCCCAAGGACACGGACCACACUCAGGUCUUCCCGGGCAAGGACUACUCCAACGCCCGUGUCAUGGACUUUGUCAGGCUCAACCUGCCGUACGAGGAGAUGUACGACCGGACCGUCACGCCGAGGAUGCCGUGGCACGACAUCUCGAUGCAGGUGGUCGGGCAGCCUGCCCGCGACCUGACGCGCCACUUUGUGCAACGGUGGAACUACAUCCGCCGUGGGCGCAAGCCGACCCGCCCAACACCCUUCCUCCUGCCGCCGCCGGACUGCAAGGCGGAGGAGCUGGAAGAACUCGGCAUCACGGGAACGUGCGAGGUACAGAUUCUGCGGUCCGCCACGAACUGGUCGCUAGGCAUUACCGAUACCGAGGCUAGCAUACACGCCGCCUAUCUGAAGCUGAUUGAGGAGUCGGAUCACUUUGUCUACAUGGAGAACCAGUUCUUCAUCACGGGCGGAGAGGCGAUGGGGGUGCAGUUCACCAACGGCAUUGCUGACGCCCUCGUCGAGCGCAUCAUUCGCGCACACCAAAACGAGGAGGACUGGCGCGCUGUUAUUCUCAUCCCUCUCCUUCCCGGGUUCGAGGGGAAUGUCGCAGAGCAGGACGGCAGCAGCGUGCGCCUGAUUAUGCAAUGCCAGUUCCGCAGCAUCUGCCGUGGCGAGAGUUCCAUCUUUGCCAGGCUCCGCGCCGCCGGAAUCGAACCGGACGAUUACAUCCAGUUCUUCAGCCUGCGGUCGUGGGGGCGCAUCGGGCCAAACAACAUGCUGGUGACGGAGCAGCUUUAUAUCCAUGCCAAGAUCAUAAUCGUCGAUGACAGGACCGCCCUCAUCGGGUCCGCAAACAUCAAUGAACGGUCGCUGCUCGGUACCCGAGACUCGGAGUGCGCAGCUGUUGUCAGAGAUCGGGACAUGAUCUGGUCCACGAUGGGCGGGCAGCCGUAUCAAGUUGGCCGGUUUGCUCAUACGCUGCGCCUCCGCUUGAUGCGAGAGCAUCUCGGCCUGGAUGUGGAUGAGAUCCAGGAGAGCGAACGGCAGAGCGAGCUGGAUCAGGAGGUGCAGUACAACGAGGAGAUGGACCGCAUAUACGGCGAGUCUGGCGACUCGGACGCGCAGUCAAGCCCGGGCCCGCACGGAGAGAGCUCGUCGUCGCCGAUACCACAGCACAGGCGCUUUUCAAGCUUCAACCACGACGUGGACUGGGGAGUGCUGAACGACGAACACAAUCUUGACAGGAGGCAAUCGAAGCAGGAAUCGGUGCAGACCUCCCGCUCGGCCAGCCAGCGCCGUGAGGUGGAAGGCCACGGACUGGAUCGGUGGAAGUCUGCCGAGAGCCAAGGCCUCGAUGAAGGACGUGAUAGUGCGGUUGUUGACGGCCGCGAAGUCUUGCUGCACAACAUCUUCCCCGAGGGCAAAGGCACGGUAGACUCCAAGGACCCGUUCCCAGCCUUUGACACGGGCGUCGGCAGCGAAUCGCUGCCCCCGCUGCCACCCAUCUUAAGCCGGCUGACUACGGAGCAGCAAGGGCUGCCUCGGGUCAACCAGCUCCCCUCGCUGCCUGUGCUUGACGACACCGAUAUAGGCGGCCCCCCUGCGUCGGUGGAUGCGAACGGGAAGAUGAAGGAGGGCCCCCCCAAUAUGUUCGCCGCCGACAUCCGACCCGCCUAUAUUCACAAGGAUUGCAUGCUGGACCCCCUGACCUCCUCCUUCUACGACGACGUGUGGGCGAGGGUGGCGGACAACAACACCAAGAUCUUCAGAAGGGUGUUUCACUGCAUGCCCGAUUCGGAGGUGACUAACUGGCACGAGUACCAAGAAUACCUCGCGCUUCAGGAUGAGUUCAACAACGCCAUGAUUGCCAAGGGGCCUGAUGUUGACAUGGAGAAGGAGCAGACAAGCCAUGCGGAGAAGCCGACAGCUGCUGCGCCGGGCCUUUCGGCGCCCGAGGCGGCGUCGGCCGUGUCUGGCCUGUCGGAGAAGCUGGCCAGCCAUCUGAACAGCCAGAAGGAUGGCGCGGAUGCCGCCAGGGCCGGGGUGGAUCCCAUGACGGAGAAGCGGCCGUUCACCACGCCGGCCCACUCCCGGCAGAACUCGAGGCUUGAUCGCGAGAUGGCUGCAGCGGCCGAGAGGGCCCUCCACACGCCCAAGGUGGAGCGCACGUCGGCCUUCCCAGCCAGCAAAGAAAAGGCGAGGGAUAGGCGACCGACAUUUGCGACACAGGAGAAGCCCGGCACGGGUGUGAGCGGGUCCAGCAACAACGGCGGCGGGAGCAGCAGUGGCGGGACGCUGCCGCGCCGCAGGCGUGCCACCACUAAGGGAAGUCGGCGCGGUUUCCAAGCUGAUCAGGUCAUGACAAAGGGGGACGCCGAGGAGGUUCUGGGCUUCCUGCAGGGCGCCCUGGUGCAGUUCCCGUACGACUGGCUCACUGUGGAGGAGAGCAAUGGCAACUGGCUUUACCAGGCCGACCUGGUGGCGCCGCUGCAGAUCUACAACUGAUCGAGCUGCAGCAACACUUCACUUUGUCGGGUCAUUUCUAUCUUGUUGUUGUUCUCCGUUUGCUCGCCUGAAACUGCAUUUUCAUGCCUGGCGUCCGGGAUCCGGCGGACCUUGUCCCUUCUGGGCAGCAGGUGAAUAAGCAUCAGUUUGUAGCUGCUUUUCCCCCUUGUUCCCUGCAACCCUAAACUACUGCCCCUAGAGUAUCAUAAGACCACAAUCAAAAGUCGUAAUUCAGCUGAGAAUAUUGGAGGAGCA